AAUUUGUGACUCAACCUUCAUGUUUAUAUGCAGGUGUUGAGGAAGUUGAUCAUAAAUUCUUGAUCUAAGAUGGAUAAAUCUUCAAACUUUGAUGAGAAUUCUUAUGAGGGUUAUCACCCUUCUCCUUCUGUGGAUCAUUCAGCAACUGCUACUCCUGCUUUCUCCACAAUGAGUGGUGAUUCAAGUUCAGAGGCAUCAAACUUCUCAGAGAUUGUUGAUGAGAGCAGCUAUGGAAGUGAACCUUCACCUUCUCAGUGGAGAAAUGUUAAACCUGGAGCUAAACAUGCUGUUCUUUCCAGGCUAGGAAUGAAGCUGCGCAAGCAUUCAGUGGAUGAUACACUUGAUGACUGUGAUCUCUUGGAUUCAGCUGAGCUUGAUAUGAUGAAGGAAAAAUUUGCAAAACUUCUGCUGGGAGAAGACAUGUCUGGUGGUGGUAAAGGUGUUUGCACUGCAAUUACAAUCUCAAAUGCCAUUACCAAUCUCUAUGCAACUGUGUUUGGACAAAAUUUAAAGUUGGAGCCACUGAAGCCUGAGAAGAAGGCUAUGUGGAAAAGGGAAAUGAAGGUUCUUCUAUCAGUGUGUGAUUACAUAGUGGAAUUUGCCCCAACUGCACAAUAUUUAGAAGAUGGCACAAUUGUGGAGAUGAUGAAAAGUAGGCCAAGGUCAGACAUCUAUGUCAACCUCCCAGCAUUGCAGAAGCUUGACACAAUGCUCAUAGAAAUAUUGGAUACUUUCCAGGAUACUGAAUUUUGGUAUGCAGAGAACAUUCCAGGGAAUUCAACUCGGUUACGUGCGGCCUCAUUUCGAAAGAUUGUUCCAAGGAAAGAGGAGAAAUGGUGGUUGCCAGUUCCUUGUGUUCUCCCUGGUGGCCUCUCUGAUAAGUCAAGGAAGCACUUGAUUGAGAAACGAGAUUGUGCUAAUCAAAUUCAUAAAGCAUCCAUGGCAAUAAAUAGCAAUGUUCUUGCAGAAAUAGAUAUACCAGAAACAUAUAUAGAUGAUCUUCCCAAGAGUGGAAGAUCAAGUUUAGGGGACACAAUUUACCACCAUAUGUAUAAUGCAGACAAGUUCUCACCUGAUCACCUUCUUGACUUUCUCAAAAUAAGUUCUGAACAUGAAGCACUAGAGCUAGCAGACAGGGUUGAAUCAUCAAUGUACACAUGGAGACGUAAAGCUUGUCUAAACCAUUCAAAGUCAUCAUGGAAAAAAGUAAAGAAUCUCAUGGCUGACACCGACAAGAAGGACAAAAACUACAUCUUAGCAGAGAGAGCUGAGACUUUACUGUUCUGCUUGAAGCAAAGAUAUCCUGAACUUUCACAAUCUUCUUUGGACACAUGCAAGAUUCAAUAUAACCGUGAUGUAGGGAAAGCAGUACUAGAGAGUUAUUCAAGAGUAUUAGAAGGCCUAGCAUUCAACAUUGUUGCUUGGAUUGAAGAUUUUCUUUAUGUAGAUAAAUCAAUGAGGAAUCGAGAUGUGUAGAAACCACAACUGGGUUUUACACCUGCGUCUUAACAUUGUUGCUCUUCCAUCCAACAAUCUU